UAAUGAAAACCAGCCAAAUCACAAAUACACACACUCUCUUUCUAUAAAUGAUAAAUGUAAUGUAUUCCACUCAUUUACACCUCUCCUCAGAUCCCUUUCCCCAUCUCUCUCUGGCCAAAGUCAGCGCCUUCUUUUGUCUUCUUUUCCUCUGCACUUCCUCCCUCUACCAAAAGUCAAGGCCAUAGCAAAAGGAGAAAGAAUAUGGAGGAUGAUUGGGAUCUACAUGCGGUGGUCAGGGGCUGCGCCGCUAGUUCUACCGCCGCAACCACCACCACUACCACCAACAGCGCCGCCACUACUACUUUUUGCAGCUUCCAACCAAGGCAAGAUGGAAACUUUUUUAGCUUUCAAGAUCCGUUUGUGCCAAGAUUUGACAACCCUAACAAUACUGCUUUUGAAGAGUUGCAUAAUCUUUACAAGCCUUUCUUCCCCAAAUCUCAACCACAACAACAGCCACCUCUUUCUCCUCAAAAUAUACCUAUUUCACCCCUCUCUGUUAUUGGAGGACUACAAGAUCUAUCACCCCAACAAACACUAAUAAAACAGCAGCAACAACAACAUAUUCAUCAGCUAAACACAAGAGUACUAACACAACCCAAGCAGUCUCUGUCUGUAAAUGGUUCCGCAAAUAGUACAACUAGUGUUCCACAUACUCAAAGCCCAAGACCUAAAAGAAGGAAAAACCAAUUGAAGAAGGUAUGUCAAGUACCAGCUGAAGGUUUAUCUUCUGACAUGUGGUCUUGGAGAAAGUAUGGACAAAAACCCAUCAAAGGCUCUCCAUACCCAAGGGGAUAUUACAGGUGUAGCACCUCAAAGGGUUGUUUAGCCCGGAAACAGGUGGAGCGAAAUAGAUCCGACCCGAAUAUGUUCAUUGUCACCUACACAUCAGAGCACAACCACCCUAUGCCAACUCACCGGAACUCUCUCGCCGGAAGUACCCGACAGAAGCCGGUGAACUCCGAAGCUGGCACACCAAGUGACUCUAACAAACCAACUAGCUCAUCGCCGGUAUCUUCGCCGGCGUGCCAUUCUCCGGCAACGGAGAAGCAAGAAAGCAGCAAGGAAGAUAAAGAGGAUAUUUUCGAAGACGAUGAUGAUGAAUUUGGCAGUUCUAAUACGGGAUUAGAUAACAUGGAACCUGCAGAUAAUGACUUUUUUGAGGGGUUAGAAGAACUCGCCGCUAAUGCCACAGGAGAUUGUUUCCCCGAUAACUUUCCGGGGUCUGUGCAAUUUCCUUGGCUGACAAAUAGUGCCACAACCACCGCAGCAGGCGGUAUUUGACUUGCCGGAAAAAGUAGACGUGAGAAAAAGUUGAAGAAAUGAUGCUUUUCUUCUUAUUCACUUUUCUUUUUUCACUUGUAGUUGUAGGAGUAUCUUUUUGUCCGUUAGAGAUAUAGGAAGAGAGAAAGCAAUAGAGAAUCUUGAAAUCUCCAUGCCUCUCUUUUUUUUAGUCUUUUUGGUUUUGUUCUCUUUUUGUACGUGUAAGGUAUAAUUCCAUUCCCUAUCAUUGUAGAGAGACUUGUAGAGAACAAAGGAAAAAAGAGGAGUUUGAUUCCAAUGUUCUUUGUUAGGAUAAUAGGAGUAUAUUGGAUGAUAAGGUACAUAUAAUUUGGGUAAAAAUCCCUUGGCUGUUAAAAUGUUAAUUUUAUAGUAAUCAUUAUCAAUGAUUUGAGUUUUUUCAAUUGUUAACUUUUGCAUA